UAUUUGAAAACUGAUUUUUUUUUUCAAUCAUGGCAGGGUUAUCAAGUGUGCUGAAAUUUGGGUUUCUUGUCUGUUUAAUUUUGGUAUCGCCAUGGUCAGUGUGUGCAUCUAUUGUGCACCGCAAAUUUACAAUUGGAACACAGAACGUGACUAAAGUGUGUAGCACUCAGAUGGUUGUAACAGUGAAUGGACGGCUUCCCGGCCCGACUAUAACUGUUCAUGAAGGGGAUAAUCUUGUCAUUGAAGUGGAGAAUAAUGCACCAUAUAAUGUUACCCUGCAUUGGCAUGGGGUAAGACAGUUGAAAUCCUGCUGGGCAGAUGGACCAGCCUACGUAACGCAGUGUCCCAUUACUCCUGGAAAUAAAUUUACCUAUAAUUUUAGUGUGACAGGACAGGAGGGGACGCUGUGGUGGCAUGCACAUAUUACAUAUCUGAGAGCUACUGUGCAUGGAGCUUUGAUUAUUUUACCUCGGCCUGGAAAAACGUACCCAUUUCCCAAACCAGAUGCUGAGAUUCCUAUUAUUUUAGGUGAAUGGUGGAAUGCCAAUGUGGAAGAUGUAAUAGCAGAAGCUGUUAGAACAGGAGGUGUGCCAAAUGAUUCAGAUGCAUACACCAUCAAUGGCCAACCAGGAGACUUUUUCCCUUGCUCUGCAAAUGAAACCACGAGGAUUUUGGUUGAGAGAGGGAAAACCUACCUACUGAGGAUCGUAAACUGUGCCAUGCUUCAUUCAUACUUCUUCAAAAUUGCUAACCACCUAAUGACUGUUGUAGCAGUGGAUGCCGAAUAUACAAAACCAUACAAAACUGAUGUAUUGCUCACAAACCCAGGGAACACCAUGGAUGUUCUUAUUACAGCUGGUCAACAGUCAGGGCUCUUCUACAUUGCUACACGCGUCUACAAUAGCCUACCUUUAGGCACUGAUUUCUUAAAUACCACAACAACUGCAAUAUUACAAUACAAAGAAUGCAGUAAUACUUCUGUUCCUGUGUUGCCCAUUCUUCCUGCAUUUAAUGAUACUGCAACAGCAACAAAAUUCAGUAGCAAUCUGAGAAGUUUGAAUCCUUCAGUACCAAAUACUGUUGACGUGGAAAUGCUCAUAACAGAGGGUUUAGCACUCGUAAGUUGUCCAAACAAUUCAUGUGCAGGUAUCAAUGGCGAUAGAGCAGUUGGAGCCUUUAACAACAUUUCAUAUGUCCAGCCAAAUAUCUCUAUAUUGGAGGCUUAUUAUUUUGGUAUAGAUGGAGUGUAUACCACAGAUUUUCCUGAUAAUCCUCCAACAGUAUAUAAUUACACAGCAACUGUGCCAUUGAGUCUUUGGGAACCGGAAUUAGGAGUAAAAGUAAAAGUUCUGAAAUUCAAUAGCGUUGUGCAAAUAGUUUUUCAGAAUACCGGAAUCAUUACAAUACAGAAUCAUCCUAUACACCUUCAUGGGCAUAAUUUUUAUGUCUUGGGGCAAGGCUUUGGAAACUAUAAUGGUAAGACGGAUCCUGCAAAAUUAAAUUUGGUGGAUCCUCCGUUUGUGAAUACUCGUGGAGUUCCUGCUGGUGGGUGGGCGGUAAUUAGAUUUACAGCUGAUAACCCAGGAGCUUGGUUGAUGCAUUGCCACUUUGAAUCUCAUUCAGAACUUGGUCUUGACAUGGUAUUUGUCACAAAAGAUGGGCCAAGAAAUUCAGACAAAUUGCCAGCACCUCCUUUUGAUCUACCCAAAUGCUAGAUGGAUAUGUUUGCAAUCCAUUCUAUAACUCUUGUAAAUUAAGAAUCAUGCUUAUGUUACA